AUCCUUCCUCGACGACCAUGGCGGCCGUCGCAUUACAGCAGUCUCGCAUGCUAUGGCCCAGCCUGCGCGUGCCAUCUUCUCGGCCUCUGCUGUCCGCGGCUGCGCUGUUACCCGCUUUCCUGCCACGGUCAUUUGAAUGGAGACUACCAAGCUUAGCUUCAGUGCUUGAGCUGUUUCCUCCGUUCCUGCUGGCCGUACCCAAAAAGAAGACUUCGCAUUCACGGAAAGCCAUGCGCAGCGCGAACAAAGGUUUAAAGGACAAGCGAAAUGUCGUCCACUGUCCAGGUUGUGGCUCGCCGAAACUGGCACACCACCUCUGUCCGGAGUGCUAUUCCUCUCUUAACCGGGCGUGGAAAGCAAAAUCAAGACAAGGAGGUGGCUCGGGUGAAGACAUCCCUACGAUAGGCAUGCACGAUUGACGUUCCUUGGAUAUCCCGAACCUUGGAUGAUUGCCUCACUUGAUAUGUAUUGGGAUGCGUGGAGGAGUGUCGCAUUGCGCAAGGUCAUACCAACAUCGCACACACCAAACUUUGCAGAAGUACCAUUGGGCUUUGUGCAUAUCCGUCAGAUGCUAGCCUGUAUAUACGUAGUCACUGGUCCCGUCUACUCCAGAGUCUCGUAGAUUACAUCAUAUCGGCAGACUACUGGUGGUCGUCAUUACUGCAAGGCAUGCACUUCUCCAGCGGUCGACUCUCCGAUUAAAUAUUUAAACGUGUCUGAGACGA